AUGAUUAGCCAGUUGGCUAAAGAACUCGAAAAACACAUUGAGCAAAAUACAAAGAGGGAGAUCAAGACCCUAUCGACAGAACUCACAAGGCAGGUGGAGACUAUAAAUAGAGUCACGAUUCAAAGGUGGCUGGAGACACAUAGACUAGAGGACAUCCCCAAACUAACUUUCGACGUAGAUACCCAAACCACGGUCACCCAACUCAUUCAAACCGAAGAAGAAGAUGAAGACCAUGACAUCGUGUACGUCCGUAAACCAACAAACGAGUACAUAGAACAGAAACAGGGACUGGCCAGCCCAAAGCUGGACCAGGUGACAGAACUGGUAGCCUCGCUGAGCUCCUUCAUCAAGGACAACAAGAACGUACAUGUCAAGGUCAAGGAGCUGACUCAAGAAAUAGAUUCAGUUAUGUCGUCAGUACGCGAGGAACAUACAAACAACAGCAUCAAACUAAUAGAAAAAGAAAGACUUUACAAACAGACAAUAAGAGAACUGAAAACGAGGACUAAGUGUACGAAGUGUGAAAAAGAAAAAUUCCUACUGGAAACAAAGAUUGAGGACUACAGGGAAUAUGCGGAAAUAGCAAAAAGAGAAUGGGACCUUAAAUCCUACAAGGUAACAACGAUAGAAAAGGACGACCCAUUAAAGAGUUAA